CUACACUUUCUUCACAAAGCAAUAAUUACCUCAACAGUGUAACUUGAACAGACAUGAUGGUGAACUGCUGUGGUCUGCUCACUGCCAAUAAGGAACCAGUUCCUCUGAAGAGCGUGGAGGUGGAGCUGGAGGUGAGGGACCAUGUGGCUACAGUGGUCUCCACUCUGAACUAUGAGAACAAGGAGGACAAACCACUAGAGGCUGUUUUCGUCUUCCCUCUGCCUGGAGAUGCUGCUGUCUGUCAUUUCAGUGCUAAGAUUGGACAGACGCAGAUUGUAGCUGAGGUGAAGGAGAAACAGGAGGCUCGUCAGAAGUAUGAUGAUGCUUUGAGCUCCGGUCAGCAGGCCUUCCUAUUGGAGGAGAGUGAGCAGAGUCCAGAUAUAUUCUCUGCCUGCUGUGCUCAGGACACUGAGCUGGCUGUGCAGGCUGAUGACGGGCUGAGGUUUUGUCUGCCUGCUGUGCUCAACCCUCGCUACCAACCUCAGGGAAGUGGAGGCAGUGGAGGUGGCAGUGUCCAGGUGACCUCUGUUCCAGCCUCUCUGGUGCCCUACAGUCUGUCUUUCUCUGCCCGAGUGUCCUCUCCUCAUCCUAUCUCUAAAGUAGAGUCCCACUGUUCCCUGGACCCUCUCCAGUACCUCAACACAGAGCAAACCCAGGCCACGGUCAAGUUGGCUGCAGGACACAAGUUUGACAGAGAUGUUGAACUGCUGAUUUAUUACAAAGAUGCCCACCAGCCCACUGCUGUGGUGGAGGCAGGACAGGCCUCUGCCAAGCCUGGCACUCUGAUGGGUGAUCCAGUAGUGAUGCUGAGCCUGUACCCUGAGUUCUCCCAGGCUGUGAUGUCUUCAGUCUCCUCAUGUGGAGAGUUUGUGUUCUUACUGGAUCGAUCUGGCAGUAUGGAUUGUGCUACCAAUAACAGCAAGCAGCAAGAAACUCGCAUUGGCAGUGCCAGGGAUACUCUGCUGCUCCUGUUGAAGAGCUUACCAAUGGGCUGCUAUUUCAACAUCUACAGUUUCGGGUCCAGCUACGAACACAUCUUCAGUAAGAGUGUGGAGUACAGCCAGAAGACCUUGGAAGAGGCUCUGAAGAAAGUUGAACAGAUGGGCGCUGAUCUGGGAGGAACAGAGAUUCUUGAGCCCCUCAAACACAUUUACAGCCAGUCCUGCAUUCCCAGUAAACCUAGACAACUAUUUGUCUUUACUGACGGAGAGGUGGGGAACACCAAAGAAGUUAUAAAUCUGGUGAAGAAGAAUUCAGGUUCCCACAGGUGUUUCUCUUUUGGGAUUGGGGAAGGGGCCAGCUCUGCUCUUAUCAAUGGGUUGGCCAAGGAAGGAGGAGGUCACGCUUAGUUCGUCACAGGGACCGACAGGAUGCAACCCAAAGUGAUGCAGUCGCUGCAAUUUGCUCUGCAGCCAGCUGUGGAGGACAUCUCAGUCACCUGGGAUUUGCCAAAGGGAGUGUCUAUCACUGUCCUCUCUCCACCAAUCACAACAAUUUUCCAGGGUCAAAGGUCACUGGUUUAUGCCCAGCUCACUGGACAGAGUUCAGAGGCAGCAGAGGGCUGUGUGACGGUGAAGUACAGCCUGGCAGGUCAUCCCUCUCAGAACCAGCUCCACUUCACUCUCAAACCUGCAGAGAACUCUGGAUUAACAGUCCACAAGUUGGCUGCUCGGACUCUGAUUCGCUCCCUGGAGAUGGGGGAGAGAGAGGACAGAGGAGAGCAAGAUGGAGGAGUGAAGAAGAAGGUGGUUGAGCUCAGUGUCCAAUCAGGAGUGAGCAGUUCCUUCACUGCCUUCAUUGCUGUCAACAAAGGGGACGGCGAGGUGAUUCAAGGACCUCUGGUGUGCAGAAAUGUCCCAACACCCAUGCUGAAGACCUGUGUGGUGCCGCAGUGUCUUGUGAUGUGCUGUGAUGCUCCACGCAGUAUGAGAAAAACUGUCUCGCCCACGCAACCACCCAGAGACCCUUUGCUGCAGUUGGUCUCCCUCCAGAAGGCGUCUGGGUGCUGGGUGCUAGAUCCAGCUCUGGCUGCUGCACUGGGAAAGACCAGCGAGGAGGUGGAGCGCACAAAACCUUCAGCGUGAACCAGGAAGUGUGGGCCACCAUUCUGGCUCUGAUCUGGCUCCAUGGUUUCAAGAUGGAUGCUCAGGAAGAGUGGGAGCUUCUGGCUAUGAAGGCUGUGUCAUGGCUCUGUGCUCAGAAUGCACCAUGUGUGACAGAGUGUGUGGAAGCUGGAAAUGCACUGUUGGGUUGCAACGUGCAGAAAGACGCUCUGGGACUCUGAGGUUUUCAUUAAACUGGCUUAUCCUUCAGGAUUGGUACACAGAAGCAGAUUUACUCCAUCCUCCAACCUUUACAUGUUACUCUUUGCACUAUCUACCUUUAUAAUAUGGUGUGCCUUAGUAUAUUUGCACUGUGCUUCAUCUAUCCAGGACAAGUCAUGUAACAAGACAAAGAAUUGUUUUAACGUUGCUGUGUAUCGGAAAUUGUUACUUGUCACUUCAAAAAAUUAAACCUGAAUCUUUGAACCUG